AUGAACCUGGUGUUUCCGAGGCGUGGGGGAGGGGACCUCAGACUACCAGAGCGGCUCGGACUCCGAGCCACGCCUGUGAGGCUUUGGUCGUUUGAAAAGGGCUCUGUAAGCGCUGGAGUUGGUUUUGACUGCCUCCGCGAUGUGGCAAGCAGCUUGCUUUAUGCGAAUCUCAUCUGUUCAGAGGGUGAGGAACCAGGUACCACAGACGCAACAAUGAGCGCCAUCCGGACGCUCCUGGAUUUGGCAGAGGCUUGCAGCACCUGCAAGAUCAUCAUUGGCCUUAGUCCAGAACAUGCUAGCUGUGAAGGCUUGGCUUGCUCAUUGCUCAGACUCGGAUUCCAGGUCAUCUCUGUGCGGAAGUGUCCCCUGUUGAACGAUGCAGCGUUCGGGGCUCUAAAUCCUGGCUUCGAAUCUCCGGGAUCCUGGGGUCCGGCCGAGCUGCGGCAAGCAGUCCGGGACGCGCGGUCGGAGAUCAUCGGCUGGCAGCCUAUGGGACCAGUGCCACAGGUGCAUAAUUGUGAUGAGACUUUGCCGCUCCACCUGUUUCAGUGCAGGGCGCGGUCUCUCGCCAUUGGCAUUGGCCUCUAUGUGGUUGAGCUGUCAGCCAAGAUGAGUUUCAUCGGUGAUGUUGAUCAUGACUGUAUUCCUUAUAGGUUGCAUACCCGUGUGCUGAGGCUAUGA